GCAGACAUUUCCCUCCCCUCCCCCCGCUUUCUGAUGACCUUGAAGCGGGGGGGAGGGUCUCCAAACCGGGGGAUCCCCUGCCCCCACCUGGGGAUUGGCAACCCCAUGCCUGCUGCUCCCCCAGCUCAGCACGAGCCCGCUUUUGGCCACGAGCGCCAGCAAAACGAAGGCCCAGCCGGUGAAAGGGACAGACAGAGCCUCUCCCUCCCAGUCAGCCGCGAUGGCGGCCCUGGGCCACAGGGCGUCGCUCUCUCCCGUCCGCUGAGCAAAGGGCGCCCAAGAUGGCGGGCAGCAGCGUGGCCGCAGCGGUGCCGUCAGGCGCUCUCAUUAGCCGGAGCCGGUUCCGGGGCUGCCUCCUCGGGGCUCUGCUGGGCGACUGCCUGGGCGGCGGCUUCGAGGCGUUGGAAUCUGUCAGCCUGACGGAUCUGCUGCGCUUCGUGCGCUCCCUGCAGCCCGAAGAGAAAGAGAAGGACGACGGCGAGGGAGCCGCGGGCGACAGGAAAACCCUUUUCUACAGUGAUGACACAGCCAUGACACACUGUGUGGUGAGGUCGCUGCUGGCCAAGCGAGAGUUUGAUGAAGUGGAUAUGGCAAAGCGGUUUGCUGAAGAAUACAAGAAAGACCCUGACCGGACCUAUGGGAGGGGUGUGAUCACAGUGUUCAAGAAACUCCUCAGCCCCAAAUGCAGAGAUGUAUUUGAGCCAGCAAGACAGCAGUUUAAUGGGAAGGGGUCCUAUGGUAAUGGUGGUGCCAUGAGAGUAGCAGGCAUCUCAUUGGCUUACUCUAAUGUUCAAGAUGUGAAGAAGUUUGCUAAACUGAGUGCUGAGCUGACCCACUCCAACUCCCUGGGCUACAAUGGUGCCAUACUACAGGCCUUGGCAGUUCACUAUGCUCUCCAGGGGGAGCUGAAUCGAGACAGGUUCCUGGAGCAACUGAUAGGCCACAUGGAAGAGGUAGAAAUGGAUGACAAGUCUGUGGCUGAUGCACGAAUGCUUGGCUAUGAAGAAUUACCCUUUUCAAAACGGCUGAAGAAAAUCAAAGAAUUUCUGGAACAGAGCACCGUGCCAAAUUCAGACGUGGUGGUUGAAUUAGGCAAUGGCGUUGCAGCUCUUCAUUCAGUCCCUACUGCCAUAUAUUCCUUUCUGCGCUGCAUGGAAUCUCAUCCAGAUAUCCCCAGGGACUACAGUUGCCUGCAGAGGACCAUCAUCUACUGCAUCUCAUUGGGUGGGGACACAGAUACCAUUGCAACCAUGGCUGGAGCCAUUGCUGGAGCUUACUUUGGGGAAGAGCAAGUACCCCAAAGCUGGAAGCAUAGCUGUGAGUCUUUUGAGGAGACAGAGAAAAUGGCCGACAAUUUGUAUGAACUCUACUGUCAGUGGCAGAGGGAAUCUGGUACCAAAUAAUAUGCUGUUGUGAUCUCUUUUAAUCCUUCAGAUGAUGUGACAGUCAUCUGAAAUAAAGAGGAUCCUUCCAUCAAGGGAGAUAUUCCCAGGAAGCACUGAGUGGCUGAUGAUUAUUCCUUAUAUCCAAAUGCCUGCAAGUUCCAUUUGCUUUCUGCUGUUUACAUUUAAAAAAAAUAUAUUGCCCCUGAUUUCAAGUUGUCUUACUUUUAAAUGUCACGGAGUCAAAUAGAGGAACCUCUUAAUUCUCUGUGCCUGUGAGGUGUCUGUGAGGGCACCUGGACCAAAGUGAGUUUCACAGUGGUUUGGCAAGCAGGCUUUUUGCCCUGUGGAGAGAUUGGACUGUGCUAGAGGAAGAAUGAGAAGCUGUGCUUGAAGUAAACUAAGGUAAGGGCAGGGCCUGUAAGCCAGCCCUGCAGCUCACACUGUGGUGGGGAUUCAUCAAAUGAAUCUUCUGGAUCCUCAAUGUAAGAUGCCUUUUCCUUCUGACUGUUACAGGAUACUUCCUCUUGUGACUGAGUAAUUAGGCCUCCUGGAGAUUGAUUUUUCUGCAGGUCUUUCAUAUCAAAAGAAACUAGUUUGACAGCUGCUGCUACUUUUAAAUCAGAGGUAUUCAAGGGAACUUUUCUGUAUUUUGUUUUCAGGAAACAAUGUAACCAAGUUUGAACUGGUACAUAUUGAAGAAUAAAGCCCCAACUGAAAGCACAGUUCCCCAGUGCACAAGGGGUAGUUCCCCACUGACAAGGGCUUUCCCUGUUCAUUUUAAUACUAGUGAAAAACUGACCCUUGAGGAGCAUCCACAUGCAUCAGAUGACCACUGAUUGGAUCAGUCCUUUAAUGGGAGGGUGUGGCAAGGAGGCUGGGCUGUUUAUAUUCUAGCUAAUGACCCUCCUGAAUAGUCCUUUCAUGAUGCAAAUUGUGACUGUAGAAAGUAAUGCAAAUGUUUGUACAAUGGCUUGAUUUUCUUACAGGGGGGUGACUGAAAUACAAUUUUUUUUGUAAAAUAAGAUUUAUUGAUGUUGGGUCAAUACAAUCAAGUACUGUAGUUUCAGUUCAGAAGUGAAGGCCAGUUUUUGAUCACAAAACAAGAGUGCAUUUUAAACCAAAUUUACUAUGAAACAGUGCAUGUAACUUAAGUAUUUACAAAACUAAAAAGAAAAACAACAACCUCUCUAUAUACUAGGUUAGAAAUGAAGAUAUUAGAGGCAAACUUUUUUUUUUUUUUUAAAAAGGACUGGUAUAUAAAAUGCAUAUUGUAAUGCAUAGUUCAAAGUCUUCAAACCUGAUCUUUCUACUGACUGAAACCAAAUUUCCCCCUGCUUUUGCACAUGAAAACCCAACAUUUCUCUGACAGGUUUAUUUUUACUUCAAUAAAAAUAAGCUAAUCCAUGA